UCUCAGAGUUGCUGUGGAAGCAAGCUUCAUCACACUCCUCCCUCUCCUGCAGCAGUGCCUGCGUCCUCGACACAAGCUGCAGAGACCCAGUGAUGGCGGACAAGCACCUCCUUCCUGGUGGGAUCCAGGCCUUGGUUUCCUUUGAGGACGUGGUUGUGCUCCUCUCUCCGGAAGAGUGGGGCCUUCUGAAUCCUGCUCAGAGGGGCCUCUACAGGGACGUGACGCUAGCGACCUACAGGAACCUGGUCUCACUGGGACUUCAAGGUUCCAAACCUGAUAUUGUCUCCAGGCUGGAGCAGGAGGAAGAGCCAUGGGCCCCACACUCACCAAGAAUUGAGGGCAGCAGGGUCUGGAGGCACAGGAGUGGAGGUUAUGAGUCUAGAAUGGAAAAAAAGGAGCUAACUCCAAAGCAGGAAAUUUCCAAAGAAAUGGAAUCCCAGAGAGCAAACUCAGAAGAACAUGUAAGGAAUAUUUCCAAGGAACCUGAUUCUGAAAAGAUGAGUAAAAUUGAGGGGAAAUUAAAGGAUUGCUGGAGAAAACCUUCAGUGGAAGGACUUAAGAAAUCUUUCUGCCAGAGGAGCAAUUUCAGGCCAGUGACAGUGACCCAUGUGAAAACCCCCACAGUGGGGGAAGGCCAGAAAUUCAAUGCAAUUGAGGUAAACUGCACUGCAGACUCAAACCCUGUCAGAUAUCACGGAGUGUCUAGAGGGGAGAGUCUCCAUCAGAGUGUGUCAUGUGUAGAAAACUUUCAACAAAGUGAGGACCUCAUUAACCUCCAGAGUUUCCAUCCAGGAGAAAAAGCCUGUCAGACAAACGUGUUCGUGAAAGUGCCCAGGCAGAGUUUAGUUCGUAGUGAGAAUCAGAGGAUUAACAAUCCAGAGAAACCCUCUGAGUGUACUGAGUGUGAAAAAACUUACAGUCACAGUAGAGCUUUUAUUCAGCAUCAGAGAGUUCAUACUGGAGAGAAGCCCUAUGAAUGUGGUAAAUGUGGAAAAACUUUCAGUCAACACUUUGUCCUUAGCAAACAUCAGAGAAUUCACGGUGGUGAGAAACCCUACAUCUGUGAUGAAUGUGGCAAAGCUUUCAGUGGUCGUUCGUACUUUGUUCAGCAUUGUAACAUUCACACUGGAGAAAGACCCUAUGAGUGUGAUGAAUGUGGGAAAGCUUUCGGUACACGUUCAUCUUAUGUUCAACAUCUUAAAAUUCAUACUGGGGAGAAACCUCAUGAGUGUAAUCAGUGUGGGAAAGUCUUUAGUCAUAGCUCUAACCUGAUUCAUCAUCAGAGAAUUCAUAGUGGAGAGAAAUCUUACAAGUGUCGGGAAUGUGGGAAAGCCUUCGGUAGACAGUCACACCUCAUUCAGCAUCAGAGAACUCAUUCUGGAGAGAAACCGUAUGACUGUACUGAGUGUGGCAAAGCCUUCAGUGCACAAUUAUCUCUCAUUCAACACCAGAGAAUUCAUACAGGAGAAAAACCCUAUGGAUGUAACGAAUGCGGAAAAUCCUUUAGCCUGAACCGAACCCUUACUGUCCAUCAAAGAAUUCACACUGGAGAGAAACCCUAUAGGUGUAAUGAGUGUGGAAAAUCCUUCAGUCAGCACUCACAAGUUAUUCAACAUAAAAGAAUUCACACUGGAGAGAAACCCUAUAGGUGUAAUGAGUGUGGAAAAUCCUUCAGUCAGCACUCACAAGUUAUUCAACAUAAAAGAAUUCACACUGGAGAGAAGCCUUACAUCUGCAAUGAGUGUGGAAAAUCAUUCAGUGCUCGCCUGUCCCUUAUCCAGCAUCAGAGAAUUCACACUGGAGAAAAACCUUAUGGAUGUAAUGAGUGUGGGAAAACCUUCAGUCAAAAGGGACAUCUUAUUCAGCAUCAGCGAAUUCACACUGGAGAAAAACCCUAUGAGUGUAGUGAGUGUGGAAAAGCUUUCAGCCAGAGUUUUAAUCUUAUUCACCAUCAAAGAACACACAAUGGUGAGAAGCCCUAUGAAUGUAAUGAAUGUGAUAAAGCCUUUAGUGUGCUCUCUUCCCUUGUUCAGCAUCAGAGAGUACAUAAUGGAGAGAAACCCUACGAGUGCCACAAGUGUGGAAAGGCCUUUAGCCAGGGCUCACACCUAAUUCAGCAUGAGAGGAGUCACACUGGAGAGAAACCCUAUGAGUGUAAUGAGUGUGGGAAAACCUUUGGACAGAUAUCCACUUUAAUUAAGCAUGAGAGAACACACAAUGGAGAGAAGCCCUAUGAAUGUAGUGACUGUGGGAAAGCUUUCAGCCAGAGUGCACACCUUAUCCGCCAUCGAAGAAUUCACACUGGAGAGAAUCCUUAUGAGUGCAGUGACUGUGGGAAGGCCUUCAAUGUUCGUUCCUCUCUGAUUCAACAUCGCAGAAUUCAUACUGGCGAAAAGCCUUAUGAGUGUAGUAAGUGUGGCAAGGCCUUCAGUCAGCAUUCACAAUUUAUUCAGCAUCAGAGGAUUCACACUGGAGAGAAGCCCUACGUGUGCAAUGAAUGUGAGAAGCCCUUCAGUGCACGCUUAUCCCUUAUUCAACACAAGAGGAUUCACACUGGAGAGAAACCCUACGAGUGCAGAAUGUGGAAAAUCCUUCCGACAAAGCUCUCACCUUAUUCGACAUCAGAGAAUUCACAGUGGAGAGCGACCUCAUAAGUGUAAUGACUGUGGGAAAACUUUCAGUCAGAGAAUAACUCUUAUCAGUCAUGAGAAAACUCAUAAAAUUCCCGUUGGAGAGCAAGCCUGUA